AUGGCUGCGACGGUUGAUCGCCCUCUUUUCGAGCCGAUUGCAGGCGGGCCUGCGACUGAUGCGGCUUCGAUCACGCCCCCUCACAGCGUCAACGGCAAGAAGGAUGGCCCGGAUGGCGCGCCCUCUGAACUCUCCGACCUGGAACUCGAUUCGAAGCCUGCGAGCGCCCAGGAAGCUAUACCGGAGGAAGAGGAAGAGGAGAUUGAGCCGGAUCAUUAUUAUGGAGGCGGCAAGAUACCCGUUUUCAAGCCCACCAUGGACCAGUUUCGCGAUUUCCAGUCCUUCAUCAAGCGAGUUGAUAAGUAUGGGAUGCGCUCAGGAAUCGUCAAAGUUAUCCCGCCUAAAGAAUGGAGAGAUGCCCUUCCGCCCCUCGACGAAGCAGUCAAGAAGAUCCGUGUGAAGAACCCAAUCAUGCAGGAGUUCCACGGCUCCCACGGAACAUACACUCAGGCCAACAUCGAGAAACAAAGAUCAUACAACUUGCCACAGUGGAAAGGGCUCUGCGAAGAUGGUAGUCAUCAGCCGCCGGCUCGACGGGGAGAAAGGAGAAGAAAGCUAGAGCGCGCUACCCGUGCAGCGCCGGCUCCCAAGCCUCAGACAGCCCGGGCUGAUACUCCGAAGCGGGGGCCUGGACGUCCUCCCAAGCGAUCGAACCAGGCCAAAGUGAAAGAGGAGCCUGUCAAAAUCAAAGAAGAGCCUACCGCGGAUGAGGGUAUGGACAAGAUCAAACCCGAAGGUCCGCCAACGCCGGUUUCUCCAGAAUCCAACCCCGUUGAGACAAAAUCAGAAGCGCUCAGCGAUGGCGAGUCUCUGCCGAAACCGAGAGGACGACAGCCCAAGUCGGUCACUGCGCGAAGAAAGCAAAACAAGGGUGACACGAUCGACCACGUCGAUGAAGAGGCGUACAAAAACUUCGAUUACCGCAUUCAUGACAACGAGGACUAUACCCACGAGCGAUGCGAAGAGCUCGAAACCGCCUACUGGAAGUCUCUCAUGUUCAACAACCCCAUGUAUGGUGCAGACAUGCCGGGUUCCCUCUUUGAUGACAAUACGACAUGUUGGAACGUCGCCAAGUUGCCGAAUCUUCUCGAUGUCAUCGGACAAAAAGUUCCUGGUGUCAACACUGCAUAUCUGUAUCUCGGUAUGUGGAAGGCGACAUUCGCGUGGCACCUGGAGGAUGUGGAUCUGUACAGUAUCAACUACAUCCAUUUUGGUGCUCCCAAACAGUGGUAUAGUAUAUCUCAAGAAGAUGCGCCCCGUUUUGAACAGGCAAUGAAAAGCAUCUGGCCUAGUGAUGCAAAGACCUGUGACCAGUUCCUCCGUCACAAGACUUACCUCGUCUCACCCAGUCUUCUCAAGUCCCAGUACGGCAUCACUGUGAACAGAAUGGUGCAUUAUGAGGGUGAGUUUGUGAUCACAUACCCUUAUGGAUAUCAUUCCGGAUACAACCUUGGGUACAACUGUGCCGAGUCCGUCAACUUUGCAACCGAAAAGUGGCUCGACUAUGGUCGGGUCGCUAAGAAAUGCAACUGCGAGUCCGACAGCGUCUGGAUUGACGUAGACGACAUUGAGCGUAAAUUGCGCGGCGAAUCAACUCCCGAAUACUAUGGCGAAUACGACAGUGACCUGGACGGAUAUGAGGGUGCUUCUGACCUCCUGACCCCUCCGCGUAGUGUGCCAGAAAAAACGUCCAACCGUGGCCGCAAGCGCAAGCAUGAUGGUGAUAUGACCAAGGCCAAGCGCAUGAGGGCGGAUAUGAGUAUCGAGCGAAGAUUACCUUGUCUUUUGUGCCCCAACGAUCUCGACUAUGAAGAUCUGUUGCCGACCGAGGAUGGAAAGUCUCACGCUCAUAGAAGGUGUGCUCUGUACACCGAAGAAACCAGCAUUUUGCGCGAUGAAUCUGGCAAAGAGGUUGUUUGUGAUAUCGACAAGAUUCCGAAGGCUCGGAUGGGACUCAAGUGCCUCUUCUGCCGCGAGGUGCGCGGGGCUUGCUUCCAAUGCAACUUUGGCAAGUGCACGCGGUCUUAUCACGCCACCUGCGCACUCCUAGCCGGAGUACAGGUGGAAGAGGGCUCGAUCACCGUUGUUGCAGACGAUGGAAACCAGUACUCUAUCCCCAGCGUUGAUUUGAAGUGCAAAUACCACCGACAGAAGAAACCGACAUGGAUGGUCACCAGCGAGUCUCCCGACAAUGAUCGUAAGUUGAUGGAGACCGCACGGCGACUUGCUGUUGGCGACCUGUUGCAGUUCCAGGUUGACAAGGAGAUUACUGGAGCGGUCGUCCUUGAGAACCGGCCUGCGGAACGCACUUUGCAGGUCAAGGUGCUCCCGCGAGGGGACGUUAUCGAGUUACCAUAUCGUUGGAUGCUCGUCGUACGAAGGAGCAACUUUGCUCCCGUGGCGGCUGGCAUCAAGCCACUUCCCGCGCAUCUCGCUCGGAAGCCCGAAACUCGGAGGGAAUUGAAUUCUGCGCUGCCGGUGGCAGGAAAUCCGUUUGGCGACGGGCGAUCUCCGUAUCAGUGGGCCGAGUUUGAGACGGUGGACAGCACUAACCGUCCUGCAGCCCCACCAGCGGUGCAGGUCAACCUGGACAAGAUGGAACAGAUCUGGUAUUAUUUGGGCCAGUCAUCGACCGAGUGUAGGGCUCAAUAUACACACAACCCUAGCGUGUCCGUCCACAACCCGCGGUCGAAUUUCCUAGACAGCGUCAAGUCCCUUGGCGCCGUGAUGGCCCGACUCCCCUCCUACCCCCACCACCGUCUGCCUUCCUAUGUUUUGACUGCCCCUCCUCCUCACCUCCUUUCUUCUGCCGCCGCAACCACCACCGCCUCCGCUGUCGCUGCUGCUGCUGCUGCCUCCCGCCCUUUGCUGCCGCCGCGCCCUCCUUUUGCUGCUCCUCCUCGCUCUUCCCCCGCCGCUCCGACUUCUGCUGCUGUUGCUGCUUCUGCGAUGCCGUCAGCCUAUCGCUCUCUACCAAAUCAAUCUGCCCGCCAUGCCCCGUACCCGCAUUUCACCAAAGCUCAUCUCCAAUCUCAGCAGCAGCACAGUCAUCAGCAGCAGCAGCAGAACACGAACGGCUCUCUCCCGACCGCUAGCAGCCACCUCCCCGCCAAUAAUUUUGCCAAUGUCCGUGAGCUCAUCGCUCGCCGUCGCCUGGCCCAGAUCACCGACCAUGCCAACGUCUUUGCUGGGUACACCAUCGUCGCUCCAGAAUUGGUCGUAGAGACUCUUCUGGGGCCUAUGGGCUCUGUACCGCCGUCAAAUGGCCUCGAAAAAUUGGAGCUUGCCAUGGCUCAACAGCGUGUCCAGCCUCGUGCGCCCGACGGAACACUCUUGCCGAUGCAACCCUUGAACAUGCGCUCAGAAGAAGUCACCCGGUUAUUACAGAUGCUGCGAUUCUCACUUAUCAGCCACCGCGACCGGUUAGAUGUGCUUCAGAAGAAAGAAUCGGAAACCGUGAAACAAGAGGCGACAAACAAGAUCAAUGGGGCCGCCCCCAAACUACCUCGGAAGUACGCAUAUCUCGAGCUGCAACGUGAGCAGGCUCCCACUGUGUAUCAAUCUCCAUACGAUAUGCCGUCGGGGUUCACCGAGUACGCCCGCACGACGUUUGGUCUCACCCGUCACGAGCCAGAGCUCCCUAAGCCUUCGCUAGCAAACGACUACUUUGCCAGUCUUUCCCCUGAGAACCAGGAAAAGAUCCUCAAGACAUGUGGCAGUUUCGUCCAAAGAGCCAUAGAACGGUCGGCCCCUCAUAGCCGCCAAAGUUCCUCCUCGAAUUUCCGACUCUCGUCAGCGUUGGCCCAACGGACUGAGAACCCAACCAUCGACAUUACAACUGUUGAAGACAUGCCUUUGUCAGGCCUUGACUUUCCGUUGCGGGCGGAUUCGCCGUGCUCCAAUUUUAGCCGGUCGCAGCUCCGAUUCCACUCACCAAACGACUUCACCCACCACGGAACCGAAGUUCACCAUGACCACCACGAUCUAUUCGGUGACCAACAAGCCAAUACCCGGUUCUGGCAACAUGGCCCGUGGGCCGCCGGUGAUGGAAAUACGCCCAACGAAGAGAAUCGACCGUUCUUUGGUCCUCACCACGAACGGCUGAAGCAUGACUAUGCAUCGUCCGAUAUUUCCCUUGGUCGUGGCGGGCCCGGCUCGCUGCACUCUGUUGACAUGGCUGGUUUCGGCCUGGACAACCCCGACGAUCUUGGUGGCGCUCUUAGCCCUUGA